UCUUUACAUACACCAAUACAACAACACACCAAAAACACAUUUAUCAACAUGCGCUUCUCAACUCUCGCCACGGCUCUCGCCUCCAUCUCCUCUGCCUCGGCAGCUAUCUACGGCAUCACCGCGCCAGCCGUUCUCUCCCCAAAUGAGACUUUCCCACUCACCUUCAUCUCCAACAUCGACCAGUCGAGCGCUCUCGACGUCGCUGUAGCCUAUGGCUUUAGCGCUCUACCUGCAUACCGCGGCGCUCUCGGCUUCAACUACGAGACCAUCUACCUUGCCGGUCCAGAGUCGGGAUACCAAAUGGGCACCAACUACACCGUCAACGUGGUAGCGCCCGCAGCUAUUGCAGGCUACAACGGAUCCGUUGUUGUCACCGCUUCUGUGUACCAGAUCUUCGGAUUCUCUGGUGUCUACAGGUUGAACUCGUUCAAUGUUACUGCUGAGGUUGGUGACGCUUCGCCUAAUGAUGGUGUUGUUUCCAAUGUCAACGGGGACACCAAGGCUACUUGCUUCCUUUAGGUCACGUGUGUGUGUUAGCGGGUAGAAAUGACUAUGGAAGCCACCGACAUGGGAAUGAUACUAGACAGCGAUUAGCAUUAUUAGAAUAAUGUCUGCAAUAGAAAGAUAUUCAUGUAAAUAAAAAAUGGUUUGCUGAUACA